AUGGACAAGGUCCAGCAAUUCGACCAUGUCGAGUCUACCGACUCGGUUGACAAGUUCGUCUUCUCGGACGAGGCAGCCGAGCGCGGAUCCGCAAUCCAGGAAGAGGAACGCAACCUGACCAUCAAGCAAGCCGCGGGAAAGUGCUGGAAGUCCAUCAUGUACAGCAGCGUGGCUUUUGCGGCUGCCAUGAUGUUCGGAUACGACAGUAUCGCAAACGGCGCGUCCUUGUCCAUGCCGGCCUUCCAGCUCUACUUCGGCGCAAUGGGCGAGACUGGCCCGUACCUCCCUUCCAUCUGGACCUCCCUCUGGAGUGCCAUGUCCAGUCUUUCCCAGGCCAUUGGAGCCUUCUCCGCCGGUUUUUUGAUGGAUUACUUCGGACGAACAUACGUUGGUAGUGCCUUUUCUGCUCUGACUGUCGCUGGUACGGCUAUGCAGUUUGUGGCCAAGACCCGCGGCCUGUUGCUGGCCGGAAAGAUCGUCAACGGCUUCGGCAUCGGAGCUGGCAUGGCCGCUGGCGUUACUUACGCGUCUGAGAUUGCGCCUGUGAAGCUCCGAGCUCCCAUUCAACAGGGAAUUGUCCUCUUCACUGUGGCCAUGUUCGCUUUGGCCCUUGGUGUCGUCCGAGCCUUCGUCCCUAAUAUUACCGUGUCAGCUUUCCGAACUGUUUUCGCCCUUCAGUGGGCCGUGGGCGGUUUGGCCACUCUGCUCUUCCUUCUGGUCCCCGAGUCUCCCAACUUCCUCGUUCAGAAGCAGCGCUUUGCUGCGGCCAAGAAGGCGCUAAGCAAGAUUUACGGCCCCGAGACCGCCGGCGAUCGAAUGGCCUUGUUGGUCAAGACUAUCCAGGAAGAGCAAGUCAACUCUGAGAUUCAGUCCGGUAGUUACCUGGAUUGCUUCAAGGGCACCGACCUCAAGCGAACCUUGACUAUUCUCUUCAUCUACAUUGCCACCAACGUGGCUGGAGCGGCAUUCCUGACCCAGAACAUUCUCAUCCUGAUCACGGCCGGCCUCCCUGCCAUCCACGUCUUCGAUAUCGGAGUGGGCGGCUUCGGACUGGCUAUUGUUAUCAUUCUUUUGACUUGGGCAUUUGCUGGACGAUUCCGCCGCCACAACGCGUUUUUGUUUGGCUGCAUCAUCAACUUGCUUACAAUGGUUGUUAUCGGUGGUCUCUACUAUGCCCCGGGACAAAGUGGCCUGUGGGCAAGCGCCGUUCUGAUGAACCUCCUCAUCACUCUACAGACCAGUAUUAUUCAGGGAAUGGGCUGGCCUAUUGCGGCCGAAAUCUCGAGCUACCGCCUGCGUAGCAAGAGUCUGUCCCUGGCCACUAUUUCUCAAGCUGUCAUGGCCUGGCUUACCGCCUUUGUCCUGCCAUACAUGUUCAACGUCGAUUCCGGCAACCUGGGCAUCCGCACAGGUUUCGUGUGGGCCGGAUGCAGUGUCUUCCUGGUUAUUGGCGCCUGGUUCCUUGUUCCUGACACUAGCAACCUGACGGCCGAGGAGAUUGACCACAUGUAUCUCGACGGCGUGAAACCCCGUGACUUCCAGAAGGCGUGGCAGCAGAGACGUGCUGCUGGAGAGAACUGA